UGUCAGGUCGUCAGUACGGUUCGGCCUCGAGGAGUUGCACAUCAGUCGCAGGUGGCGUGCGGGCGAGCUGGAACGAGGCAGGAGGAGUUGGGCAGUGAGAUGCAGCUGUUGGCGGUGUGUGCAGUGCUGGCGGCGGCGGCGCCGGGCGCUCUGGCCACGGUGGAAGUCUUCUGCGGCUGCAACAUGAAGCACCGCCAGGACUGGACGUACGCCAUCCACUGCACCAAAGACCAGGGCGGGAGAUCGGGAGUUUCUUGCAACAAAGCCCAGGUGCCGGAGAUUCCGCGGGACUACGACUACGUACCGGGCUACGCCCUGGUCAGGCUCCAUCGCACAUUCAAACAGUGGGACGCGGCCAAGAAGGUCUGCGAGGAAGAGGGGGCGCAGCUGGCGAUACCUCAAGACCGCUACGCGUACGACGGGCUGAAGCAGAUCUUCUCCAAAGAGAAAGGGAUAUGGUACGCCUACGUCGGGAUCUCAGAUCAAGUCAGCGAAGGCGUAUUCACUGGAGUCGAUGGCCGCCCGUCUCCGUACCUGCCGUGGCAGCCUAACGAACCCAACAACGAUAAAGACGAGGACUGCGUUCACGUCCGCGACGACGGCUUGCUGAACGACGUGCCGUGCCGCGACCUGGCGCCGUUCUUCUGCGAGCGCCGUCUUUCGGUGGGCGUACCGGAUACCUACACUUGGUUCUCAGAGGCGCGGCGCUUCUACAGAGUGCACCGGGAGAAGAAAGCGCACGCGCAGGCGGCCGAAGCUUGCCGCUCUGAGAACGCGACGCUGGCAGUGCCCGACACCUGGAGCCGAGGGCUGGCGCUGGUGCGCCAACUCGAGCCGAACAACGGCAACUACCUGAUAGGUUUCACGGACGAAGCCGUCGAGGGCGACUUCGUCACUGAGACAGGAAGGCAUCUAAGAGACAUGGAGUUCCAGGUGUGGGGAGUUAACGAACCAAGCAACUUGGACCAGGGGCAGCCCGAACAAUGUCUGGCUCUGUCAGGCUUGGGUACCUACAACGAUGUGCGCUGCAACUUGGAGCUGCCCUUCAUCUGCGAGAUAGUGCCCAUAUAGUGAGCUCACAGGUCUGAGGGAGCAACCGGUAUUCUCUCUGCCCACCACAAAUAAAAAUAAGUUAUACGAAAAGCUUAGAUAUCGUCUGCGAUACUGCGAAGCCGACUGAAGUACAGAGCAAGUUGGGUAUAUGUGACUUAUGAUUAAAUAUUUCACUAUAAGCUGCAGGACUUAUUUUCCUCUUAACCAAGUUUAACGAGCGCAGCAUACACUUCAUUUAUUUAUUCCAUCUGACAAGAUGACAGUGUCCAAUAUUUCCUGUGGACUAAGCAACCUUAUUUUGUUAUCCGUGUUAUUUCCCUUCCCACUAAAUAAACUUCCUUUAGAUUUCUUUUUCAUUAUCGACACUUUCUUUCUUAUAAAUCUAUAUCUAUACUUUUACACUAGCAUAUAAAGGCACGUCGUUGUUUAACAUUGUUACAAAAAUCUCAAAAAGUUUUUACCCGAUUUACUACACGAUUUUAGACGAUACUGUAAUAAACAUUCGGGUGUACAUAAGCUACAAAUUUCAUUAAAAUAUGUGGUGUAUAAAUUUGUAUGUAGUAUGGAAAUGGGAAAGGUUAUUGGAAAAAUCUCGAAAAGUUUUCGAGCGAUUAAUUUGAGAUUUUUCACACAGUACUCUAAUGCACGUUCAGAAGGACAAGGGUUACAUAUUUUUAAUACAUAUAAAAAUUUCUGCUACUAUAUAUAUAUAUAUAUAUAUAUAACGCCAACAUGUAUAUACUGGUUCAUAGUCAGUAUAAUUUACUCAUACCGCCACUGCAGAGAUUCAAAUCAUUUUAAUACUAGUUGUCAUACUAAAAUUGUUAUUUUUUAGGUAACUCUAAUGUAAUAUAUACAGUAUAUGUGAAACACUGAUCCGAUGCAAGAGAGGGCUUGAUGCUCAUAAUUAGAUCAGCUUAAAUAAAUGUAUAAAUAAAAUGAAAUAAAUAAAUCGAU